AAAAAUGUGACAAUUCACAAUUCACUAAAAAUUGAAUAGAGAAAAAAAUGACGACCCCUUUUGCGACGGAUGCCCCGAGGGAGACGACCCCUCCUAAAGAGCCACUUCCAAGUCGUGGUAGUCGCCGGCGCCGCCGUGGUCGUCAUAGAUCCUCGAAGAACUUGAGGCGGAGGCAGAGAAGACAUUCGAGCAGUAGUGAGAGUGAUAGUAGUGAAGAGGAGGAUUUGUCGCCGCCAUCGUCGCGAGUGUUGCCGGUGCUCAAUUUCGCUACUUAUUCUCACCACUGCAGUGUCCAGCAAAGAACGUCCAUCCUGAGUCCGAGGAGGUCCUCGAGGUUGUUGGCAAAGGUGAUGGAUUUUCAAGCAGAGGCGACGGCGGAGGCGGAGGUGACGACGUCGGAUUAUGGGUCGUUGUCGGUCACCACCUCCUUGGCCACCACGACCACAACAACAACCCAGAACCUCACCUCCUCCUCGAUCCUCUCCGACGAGCUCUCGAUCCUCUCCAUCGACGAUAUCCUCACCACGACAGACUCUUCCCAACCCUCCUCCUCAUCCACUCACCCUCCUCCAUACACCACCAUCUCCCUCCACCAGCACUCCUCCAUCUACCUCCUCAUCCCCCAGAAAACCUACAACCUCCGCUCCUCCCAGAACCUCCUCACCAUCACUCUGACCCCGCUCCCACCUCCGGAACUAACCCGAGUCCAGGACACCCUCCAGAUCCACUCACCACUCAUCCAACUAUUGGAAAUAAAUCAUCCAACUUACGAUUUUAAACUCACCCCACUAAUUUCCAUGCCAACACCAGAAGACCUCCUCGCCACUGAAAAAACCCACCUCUACACCUACCCAGCCCUAACCCACCUGGACACCCUCACCCCCCGCAACUCCUACACCACAUUUUUCAUCACUUCUCCCGGAUCUUACCUCCUCAUCCCCAAACCACCCCCGAUAAAACUCCGAAAAACACUCAAGCCAGGGGAGGAAUUAGAGUUAAAAAUCACGAAUCCGAUUUUUAUCUCGGUGAAAUUCCCUCCUAACUCAACGACCUACGAACUCACGACUGAACUAAAAAUUUACCAGGACAACUACCAAGAGAACACUCCACUCCCCGAUUCCACCCCCGCCGCCCCCGUGAUCUACCUCCGUCCUCACUCUGUCUCCUUCCUCAAACCAGUGGAAAUCACCGUGGAGAUUUUGAACUACAGGGAAAUUGUCUCCUUGGGAGCAGAGUUGAAAGUUUUCCAGUGCAGUGAGUCCUCUGUCCUAGAAAUUCCCUUCAAAAUAAUAGAAACCCAAGAAAAAACCCUGAUCCAUUUCACCGUCCUGGGCUUCUCCUACUUCCGCCUCUUGUGGACCUGCCUCACCUCGACUUUGAUCACCGCAAAACUCGGCCUCUCCUCGUUAUUCACGCAAAACCCGGGGACGUGGAUGAAGUGCCAGGCGACGAUGGAUCAGUUCAACAACAAUCAGUUUGGUCUAGAAAUAUCUAUUUAUAAAUCAGACUAUCCGGAGGUGAGAGCCUACUCGCAUAUCGUUGGCGUCUCCACGAGUAAAUUAGUGAAAUUCGGGAAAUUCCUGGUAAACGUGAAGAGCGAGUUGUUUGAGGCGAAUUUGGAGGCCGGGGAGGAGGCGGGCUUGGUUAAGGAAGAGGAGUUUUGGGGGCAGGAGAUGAACUUUCAGUUUUCCCUAAGGUUCAAACAAGCGAAAUCCAUCGACCGCGGCCCCAUCGGAAAAGUCCUGGUGAAGCACAAAAACAGCACAAUAUUCGAGUUUAACAUCCAGAAACAAGGGAACGAGGGGGAGCAGCAGGACAAGUCCAACGAGUUUCUGUCAGAUGAUGGGAAUCCCAACAGUCGCUGGUCCACCAUGGCCCUCCAAGAACUGGGAACAAAUCUCUUCAUCACGGACUCUGACAACUGGAAAACCUUUGCAAAAUACCUCAAAUUCACGAAACACGAGAUAAAAACCAAGUUCAAAACGCAGGCGGACCCUUUUCGAGCCAUUUUAGAUUGUUACAGAGCUCGGGGAGGGACGCCGGAGGAGUUUAUCAAAUCGCUAUACGAGGUCCAUCGGAGUAUCAAGUUUUCUGGUGGAGCGAGUGGUGGUGAGACGAAGAGUCCGGCGGGGUCCCUUUCUAGCAGGAAGUCGAAUAAAUCCAGUGGGUUUGGGUCGAUGGAGGUGGUGGGAAUUGUAGCUGGACCCAGGAAGGAGUUGGACACCGAGGAGGGGAGUAGUAGUAGUAGUAGUGAUGAUGGGGAAAGACCGGAGAGAAAUGACGUCACCAAGUCGUCGCCAGUGGCUGCAGGGUCGAAGAAAACGAAGAGUUCGAUAAAAGUGAAGAAAAGUGAAAAGCCACCGGCGAAGAAGAAGAGGAAAAAGAGUAAGAAGAAAUCGGAGGAGGAUGAAGAGGAUGAAGAAGAGUCCAGUGAUGAGCACAACUCGAGCAAGAGCUCGCAGAAUUUGCGAACCUCCACCACCCUCUUGGACUCAACCACCUCGCUCUGGGACUUCUCUCUCCACCUCAAUUCCUCCUCCUGGAAAGCCCUCGGCCGAUCCCUCCAACUCGAAGAAUCCACCUUAGUCAACAUCGAACAAACCCACCGCCACGCAGGGAAUCGUGAAUGUUUCUACCAAGUCCUUCUCCAGUGGAGAGAGAGUUACCCGAAACAGUGCACGUGUGGAACGCUGUAUUCCGCGCUGGUGAAAGAAGGGAUGGUCGCCCAGGCCAAGAAAAUGAAGUUGUACUUUAGUCUUUGAUUUGUCUCUUAGGAUAGUUUAUAGCUUAUAAAUUUUAUAUUUUUUUACACACACACUUCGUAGACGAUGGAGAAUAAUAUAAAAAAAUUGAAAUUUUA